AAUAUAGGUAACUAAUACACGUGUAGAAAUCGUUAUAGCGGGAACACAUGAGAUAUGAACCGAUUUGUAUUAAGACACAUAGAAAAUUACCUCGAAGAUCCGAGUUAACAAUUCAUUAUUAUGUACAUGUAGACAUGUUGAUAAUGUUUGGUGUUCAGAAAGAUAUGCACGUGGAAUAUAUUGUGGUAUAAGGAUGCUGCUGUAAUCGUCAUACAGUAGGUCUCCAAACAGCGUAUAACUUAAGGGGACAGAAGAAACGUGAAGUGGUUCCUAAAAGAAGGUCGUUCAUAUCGGCAAGGGAUAUUUGGUGCAGUGUACUUACAAUGAACAUUUCCAUGAGAACAGAAUCGUACAGAUUUCCAUAGUAACCACUGUAUUUGGUGUUCCAGCAAAGGAUACAAAAUGGCGGAUGCUGGGAAUGUAUAUAAAUCAGAUGAAAUAAAAGACAGUGACGUCACACGGUACACUGAUGACGCAGGGAAUACCAUUGAAUACGUAGAACAUGACGGUUUAAACCAGCCUCUUUAUGAGCUAAAGCUUGGCGCUGUUCCCGACUUCCGGUCCAAUAUCAAGCGGAUACAAGGGAUGCCAUGUCGGGAGAGCGACGUGUUUAUAUGUGCAUAUCCUAAAGCAGGAACACACUGGGUAUGGGAGAUAACUCGCAUGCUUGUGAAAGGAACAACGGAAUACGAGAAAGAAUCUAAAGAAACAGUCACGAAUGAGUUCCACCUACCACAGGAGUUCGAAGCCAUUCCAUCACCACGAGUUUUCAAUACACAUCUGCCAUUUCGUCAUUUACCCAAAGACAUAGCAAAUAAAAGAUGUAAAAUGAUAUUUAUACAAAGAAAUCCGAAAGAUGUAGCCGUCUCUUUCUACAACCACACUAAAAACUUCGACUACCUCUUCUACAAUGGCGACUGGGAACAUUACCUUAAAUUGUUCUUGUCUGAAAAAAUAUUCUACCAAGGCUGGUUUAAGUACACGACGGAGUGGGAGGCUGUGAUGGCAGACAACCCUCAUAUAGACUUUCUCACGUUAUAUUAUGAGGACAUGACCAAGGAUCCUCUGAGCGAAAUCGCGAAAAUUGGAACAUUUCUAGACGUUCAUUACGAUGAUAAAUUUGUGUCUGCAAUCGCAGAAAAAUGCAGUUUUAAAAACCUUAAGACCGCAAACGUUUCCAAGGAAUACACCUUCAGUAACAACCAGCAAAUAGAUGUCGGGCUCAUGUUUCGUAAAGGUAAAGUUGGAGACUGGAAGAACUGGUUCACGGUGUCACAAAGCGAGGAGUUCGACAAGGUGUUCUGCAAUAAGAUGAAGGAUUCCCAAUUCCAGUAUGCCUUUUCAGUAGUAUAAAGAUUUAUUUCAUAGCAAUAAAGAAUUCCAGCUGAAGUAUGAUAUAUUGACUGCAAUCAUUAAUGUUUUGACAAUUUUACACAUUGACUUAUUUUUGAAAAACAUUGAGAUUGUAUGUAUAAUACAUGAGGGAUACUGUACUAUGAAGCAGCCGUUAUUUCGUUUUGAUACACAAAAGCCUUUCCACUUAGGUCAUGAGUUAAUAAGCGCACCUGUUUUAUUUUCUAUGUUACAGGGAUGGUAAUCUUUAACAGCGCAAGGUUUCUCAGUUUUUAUCUACAACAGCAUACAUACCUAUGGAUUGUUGUCAAUUAAUGUAUAUAUCUACAACAGCAUACAUACCUAUGGAUUGUUGUUUGACUGUAGGUAACAGAUAUUGUGAGACCAUUCUGAAACCAGCUAUUUUGUUAAAGUAUACUAUUUUUUUAUGAACACAACUUCCUUUUGUGGUGUUUAUGGUACCAUAAGAUAUGUCAGAGAGAUCAAUUAAAAACUGCGUUCCUAUUGAGAUUCCUUUAUCAAAAUCCCUGAAUAGGCGUUUAUCCAUUAUGCUAUUAGUAAUAACAAAACUUAUUUAUUGUAAAUUUUGAUGUUUAUUACAAUGGAAAUGAAGUAUGGCGAUAUGAUAGAGAGAUGCCAUAUGUUUGAGAAGGCAUGCUACAAGGAACUGUUUAAUGCCUGCUGGUGUAGAUAAUCCAGUAAUGAACAAAUGACUGGCAUAUGGUAAAUGUAACAUUUCAGUAAUAAAAAACUACUUGACUUCUGCAUGACAUCCCUGUGUAUAUCUUGGUGAGGGUAAUAUAUUAUAUAUAUAUAUAUACAAUAAAAAAGUUAUUUGAUCCUUACGGACGGAAUAAUAAUUUUAAAACAAAACAACUUAACAACGUUCUCUUAGCGCUUUCUCUCCAUCUUGGGAGUUCUUCAUAUAUAUAUAUAGGAGAAAGCCGCAUGUUUAAUCCGAUUGAUUUGUGCGAUAUAAAUAGGAAGGGAACCCUCAUGUAUUAUUCAGAGAUUUGUGUGAUAUAAAUAGGAAGGUAAUCCUAAUGUAUUAUUCAGAGAUUUGUGUGAUAUAAAUAGGAAGGGAACCCUCAUGUAUUAUUCAGAGAUUUGUGUGAUAUAAAUAGGAAGGGAACCCUCAUGUAUUAUGCAGAGAUUUGUGUGAUAUAAAUAUUAGAGAAUCAUCAUGAAAUUUUAUCUAUCAAUGUCGAACCUCUGUAUCGGCUGCAUGUGAGAUUAAGGCAAAAUCCUGCUCAAAAUAAUGUAAGCAAUUUCCAUAUUUUCUCCAUUCAUAGAAAUUGAGAAAACAACAUGUCCUGAAUAAUUUCGAGGUGAUCAUGUUGGGACCAUAUCAUGAAACAAUGUUUCAUAUCUAGAUAGAUAUUUUAGCAAAGUUAGCCAAAUCAAUCAUCAAAUAGUACGUAAUUAUAAUCCAAAGUACUAUCGUCCUGCCAUCAGUAUUAUAGUAAUAAGUAUCAAUCAAUCAAUCAAUCAAUCAAGCAAUCAAGCCAGCAAGCAAACAAUCAAACAACGUGAUGCCAAGUCCAUAUGCUAUGGCCAGCGUUAAUCUAUACAUGAUAGCCAUAGUGUUCUGCGUGAGCGUUCUUCACUGGGAGAUACCUAUUCUGUAAAAAAGGGUUGAUGUUAGGGAGCGGGAGAUUUGUAUUAGGUUCUGGCAUUGAAUGCUAAUGAUAAAUGUAUGUUUACUGUAGUAUUGGCUAUAUAUCAAUAUAGUAAGAUAGCAUGUGAUAUUUUAUUACCAUAUUUGGUAUUGUUCAAUCAAAUACAUUAAUUUAUUUGGUACGUAUAGCUUUAAUGUUUUAAAUUGAAUGUUUAAGUAUUAUAUGCCCUGAACAUUGUUCAAACGAGAAGUAGAUGAGAGUAGGGAUCAAUUACAUGAAUAUGUUUUAUAAACAAUAAAUGUUGUCAUGAUCCUAUUAUCGUAUACAACUGUAGUAUCCAGGUGUGUAGAAGUUGAUAACGAGUAUGAUGUUAAUAUGUCUACCUAUCUAUUAAAUGGUGCUGUGUAUUUGUGGUUUAACAGUGAUGUUUUAAUAGUAUCAAUAAAAUUUAACCUUA